CCUGCUCCAAACAGGAGUAGGUACCUACGUGCAAUUGUGCAACUUUUAUCGAAAAAGAUUGUAAAGAUUUACUGAAAGAGUUGAUGGGAAACUGCGGAUGCAGUUCAGAUAAAGACAUCGCGUAUCGAAUUCCCCCACAGACAAUAUUGUUCUUUAUUUUUUUGUUUUGGUGUUUAAAUUGUCGGUUGUUUUCAUUAUAAAAUUAAAAAUAAAACAAAAAAACGAAAUAAGAAACAAAGGGAUAAUUAAAAAUUCACAUCUUUGGAUAUUUGUUUCCAUCAUAUGUUUAAAGCGUAGGUACCUAAAUAUUGUAAUCCCACCCAAAAGCGUAACAUUCCUCCUAUCAAGUGAGCCUAUAGUUUUUUUUCGACAUCAACAUAUUUAAAAUGCUUGUGCCACCGGAUAUGAUGGCCGCCCAAACCCGGAUGGUCUACCAGAUGAACAAAUUCUGUGCGGAACGCGUUCAAACGAGAAUGCUAAAAAUAUGCACCUCGAUUCGGGAGAUUUGCAAAAUCGUUCAGGAAAUUCUCAAGGAAGUUGAAGUUCAGGAGCCCAGAUUCAUUUCAAGUCUUGUCGAAUGCAAUGGAAGAUUCGAAGGUGUCGAAGUGAUCUCACCAAACGAAUUCGAAAUCGUUCUCUAUCUAAAUCAAAUGGGUGUGUUCAACUUCGUUGACGACGGAACACUUCCCGGAUGUGCUGUGCUAAAAUUGAGCGAUGGCCGCAAACGGUCAAUGUCUCUGUGGGUGGAAUUUAUAACGGCUUCCGGCUACCUAUCAUCACGAAAGAUUCGAUCGCGCUUUCAAACCUUAGUGGCGCAGGCCUGCGAUAAGAGCAUCUACCGUGACAUGGUCAAAAUGAUGGCAGACACAAGUGAAGUGAAGUUGCGAAUACGCGAUCGAUACAUAGUCCAGAUAACGCCGUCUUUCAAGUGCUCCGGCAUAUGGCCACGAUCGGCGGCCCAUUGGCCACUGCCGGGCAUACCAUGGCCCCAUCCAAGUCUCGUUGCCGAAGUGAAGACAGAAGGAUUUGAUUUACUCUCAAAGGAGAGCAUCAUUAUGCAGGGCAAGAAUGCCAGCAUGGAAGGUGAUGCUUGGGUGUUGAGCUUCUUCGAGGCUGAGAAUCGGCUCUUACAAGGUGGAUGUCGUAAGAGAUGUUUAAGUAUUCUCAAGACAUUGCGCGAUCGGCAUUUGGAUUUGCCCGGCAAUCCUAUAAGUGCUUAUCAUUUGAAAAAUCUUCUUCUAUACGAGUGCGAGAAACAUCCGCGAGAAUUCGAAUGGGAUGAGUGUUGUGUCGCCGAUCGAAUUAAUGGGAUUUUCUUGCAAUUAAUCUCGUGUUUACAAUAUCGUAGAUGUCCGCAUUACUUUUUACCCAGUUUGGAUAUGUUUAAGGGCAAAUCGCCGAGCUCUCUAGAAAAUGCAGCCAAACAGGUGUGGCGACUCACAAGGGAGAUGUUGACAAAUAUUAAUGCAUUCGAUAAGUUAUAGAAGUGUAUAUAAUUCAUUAUUUUGUUUUGUUUUGUAAUAAAGAGAAGUGUUUAUUUUAUAUUUUAUUGUGAUUAAGUUAUAAAAACUGUAUUAAAUAUCAUAUUCGUGUGAAUUACUAGGGUAUCUCAGAAAUUUAAGUUUGUUUCAUAAAUUUU